CGUAAACUCGGCGUCGGCAGUUGGCCCUGAGAUGGCUCGAGGACCCGUGCGGGAUGGAGUGCUUCGGACCGCGUUAUCGUCGCCGAAUUUCGAAACGGUUUCCGCUGUGAGUUCCUGAAAUGCGUAAUCUGAAGAACUCGCGUGAUACGGGCCGGAGAUAGUGAUUCCUCGUGAAAAUGGUGGCGCCGGACUACUGCUUGGAGCUGUGCAACAUUUUCCACACGGGCCAGGUAGAGUCGGCAUCAUGUUUGCAGCGGUUGUUUGGCAAUGUCCAAACAGGCCUCAUCCUCAAAGAUGUCUCUCUCGAAGUCCGUGCAGGGGAAGUGCUGGCAAUUUUAGGUUCUAAAGGAAGUGGAAAGCGAGCACUGCUGGAAGUGAUAUCCCGGCGAAGCAGCGGUCCUACGCGUGGCCAAAUCCUCCUCGACGGUGCGCCCCUCACCCUUAGUCUAUUCCAGAGGAGCUGUAGCUAUGUCAGUCCUAGAAAUGAUCUCAUACCUUCGCUAACGGUCGAACAAACGCUUUACUAUGCCUCUCACCUUACGCUCGGCUCUCAGGCUUCACAGUACAUUCGCACCUCACGAAUACGGCAAGUUAUGGCCGAUUUGGCGUUAAGCCAAGUGGCCAAGAGGACGGUUGCUCAGCUCACUCCGAGCGAACAUCGGAGACUGAUCAUCGGGAUUCAGAUGAUUAAAGACCCACUGGUGAUGCUGCUGGACGAGCCGACGGUGGGCUUGGACCCUCUGUCGACGUACCUGAUCGUUUCGAUGCUUUCGAGUCACGCUCGGCGGCGCGGGCGGGCCGUGAUCCUGACGAUGGAGAAGCCCAGGUCGGACGUGUUCCCGUUCCUCGACCGGGCCGCCUACCUCUGUCUCGGGGACCUCGUCUACGCUGGACCCACCCGACUCAUGCUCGAGUACUUCCGUGCCAUCGGCUUCCCUUGCCCUGAGCUCGAGAACCCCCUCAUGUACUACUUAUGUCUUUCGACGGUGGAUCGGCGAUCCAGGGAGAGGUUCAUAGAGUCGAAUACGCAGAUCAUAACCUUGGUGGAGAAAUUCAAGACUGGUGGCGGCCCGUACCGUAAAUCAUCUUCCGGCUCGCACCACAACCACCUGCUUCACAGCCAUUCCCGGGAUUCAAUGGCGACGCUUCCCAUGCCCCUCCCCUCUAUGUCGCAGAAAAUGGCCGCCCCUAUCUACAGCCGUCCGUCCUCGCUUCAUGUGGGAUUCGUUCUCUAUCAACGACUGUUUGCCUCGACGUUUAACAUGAGUUCCUUUGCAUUAGGACACUUUUUCAUGAGACUUCUAGCGCUACCACUCUUGUUUUCUAUUCUUUGGUGCUUCUAUCACAAAUCACAGAAUUAUCAUUGGACAUUCAUGACGAAGAGUGGUCUUGUUUUCAACUGUAUUUUCAUCACCUAUUUGCUCUCUAUAUUGACGACAGCCAGCACGUUUACUGUCUUUCGGACAAGGUACUACCAAGAGGCACAAGAAGGACUUUACAGUGGACCUUUGUUCCUUAUCAGUCAUAUGCUCUACUCCUUGCCACUUUCACUCAUAUCUCUUGCGGGAGCUACCUACAUCAUUUUUCCGGUUACGGGUUUACACGAGCCUGACUUGAUGUGUUUAUUUGGAGCAAUAUUGUGGGGAUGCUAUUUAUUUGCCGAGCAGCAAACUAUUGCUCUUUUGAUGGUUGUAAAGAGUUCGUUUGUGGCCACAGUGUCGAGUGCGUAUAUUAUGGUGAUCUGUCUCAUCAUAGGUUCUGGGAUACUCAGGUCUUACAGAGGUUUGUCGGAGUGGCUUCUGUAUCUCAGCUACGGAACUCAAGUGCGCUACGCGAGUCCGUACUUAAACCGACAAAUAUUCGGUGACGGGCACUUGAGUAUCCUGAACCCGAUCGGAAAUUGCUCAACCUCUGAGAGUUUCAACGAGAAAUUCGUGUGCCAUUUUCAAGACGGAGACUCGUAUCUGGCCGAGAGGUUCAGCCACGAGAGCGGAAUCGUGUCCAAGUCGGAUUUCCUCGAUCUCGAGAUGAACCUCAUCAUAACCUACAUCUUCCCCCUGACAUUGGCUGUGCUCAAUUGUUUGCUGUACUUGAUUCCACUUCCGGCGUUUGUUAAGGCUAAAUUCCGCGAAUAAUCAUGAACUUAAAGUCAUAACCUGGGUGGCAUGAAACGUAAGAAAGAAAUGAAAGAUUGGAAAUUUCAUGAGGCUGUGAAAUAUUUCAAAUUUUUCAGGGGUUAGAGUAUGCAACCCGCACUCAAACAAACAAAAAUAGAAGAAAGUCACAAUUUUUACAUUUUCCGAAACAUGAAAAGGAACCGUUAUUUUUCAAUACUUUUCAUAAAUUUCUGAAAUUUCAAGAGUUUAUUUUUCAUGAAAUUUUGCUACACUGGAACGGCUAAAAGCCGGCUCUAUACUGCGGGGCACUGGGGGUGGCAAAAUUUCAUGAGCUUAAAUUGCAAAACUGUACGUGAAAUAUUUCCGAAAAAAUUCCGAGGUUUCAGAAGUAAACACAAGAGAAAAAAUGGUAGACUGAAUGAUAGAAGAAAAAAAAUUGUGUACUUUCUUCGGAAAAUACUCGAAAGAGGAAUUUACCCUCUCACGAUUUGAUGUUUAUGGACGUGGUUUGCGUACCCUGAAAUGAAAUGUUUUAGAAAUAACUAUUUAAAGUCCUAAGUUUCACGAAAUAUUCCGCGGAAGUGUCCAAUCUUUCAUCCGUCUCUCUCGUCAUGUGCCAUCCUGGCUGCACUCUCUUUUUCUUUUCUAAGGGAUAGUCAGGCCAGAUUGACUUACAAUUAUUGAAGUACUUUGCAUAGCAAUGUGACUUCAGUUUGAUUUUCGGCGGGCACUUUGGCUUUAUACUAGUCAUGUUGAAAAAAGUCUCAUAUUUUUUUAAGUCGGAUUGAUAUUAGACUAGCUUACCAUCGAUUUUCAUCUCAUGGAACUGUCUAUUGUCAGUCUGACUCAUUUUUAUCAGGGUUACUCCUUCAAAGAGAAUGGGGAAAGGAGAGGAAGAAACACAAUAGGACAGCCAAAUAAGCUGAAAGUUGGUUGGUAAAAUCCUCUCGCAAAAGAGUAGCAUCACAUUUUGAACGGCUAAACAUGGAGAGUAGGAGGAGGAAAAAUAAACAAAUGGUUAUAGAGAAACCAACCGACUCUUCCAGCUUCUUCCUUUCCCUUGACUCCACUUUCAAAAACGAAUGUUAUACUUGCGCGCCGUCCUCUAUAUAUACAUACUUAUUUAUUUUUUUACAGUUAUUUUGUUAAUUUUAGUGAAAUGAUCAAAUAAAUAUUUUAUUUCUAAAGAUCCA